AUGUCCAGCGGCAACUCAACCCGGGGGCCUACUCUCAUUGAUUCCCUUAGGGAUACCCUGAAAGACCUAUAUGCGAACCCGUAUCCAGAAGUGGAAAACCCGGUCGGCUGCAAGAAGAGGGCAUCCGUCGCUCUUGUCUUGCGGAUCAGGCCCAGCUACGAGCACGAGGCUGCUGUGUUGGAAGAGAGUGGUCACAGUGGCUCAACUACUGAGCGGCUAGACGGCUUCUUUUCACAGUCUUGGGUCCAGCAUGGCGAUCCAGAAUGCGUAUUCAUCAAAAGAGCCGCAAGAGUUGGAGACCGGUGGACGGCGCAUGUUGCCCUCCCUGGUGGGAAGAGAGAUGAGGAAGAUGAAUCUGAUAAAGCUGUCGCAAUCAGAGAAACCUCUGAAGAGAUAGGCUUUGAUCUCACUUCUCCCCACGCAUUGUUUAUUGGCAAUCUGCCUGAACGUGUGGUGAGCACCUCGUUCGGCCGGCAGCCCAUCAUGGUACUAUGUCCCUUUGUCUGGCUAUGGACCGGACCUGAGAUUCCAGCGUUCAAACUGCAGCCAACAGAGGUAGCGUCGACCCAUUGGGUACCUCUUCGAGUCUUGCUUGCUCCAUCGGCAAGGACGCAUGAGUAUGUCGAUGUCUCGGAUCGCUUUGCCCAUCGAGGUAGCGUCUUCUUGAAGACGAUUAUAAGGUCUAUCCUGGGCAAGAUGCGGUUCUCUGCAAUCAGGCUGACGCCGUCGGAGUCAUUAUACUGCAGCUCUACAGUCGAGUUCUUUUCGCCCCCGGAAGAGAAUCCCGCGCUGAAAGCCUCUCUAACAACCAGAUUGUACAGCUGGUACCUGGGAGAUCACGCUGGAGUAGCUGGCAGUAACAGACCUUUGCUUCUCUGGGGAUUAACACUCGGGAUGCUAGCCGAUUUCCUCGACCAGCUUCCACCGUACAAUGCAGUUGAGCUGUGGUCAUAUCCAACGUUCACCUCACGGGAUGUCCGAUUCAUCAUCGACAUUCUUACCAUCCCCCUCAAGCGGAAGAAUCAAGCCCGUCUACAAAGCAGUGAGCCGAAGAAUGAGACUGCUAUUGACAGUGAGACGGAAGCAGUCUCCGGCGACAAUCCGUGGUUCAUCGGGGGGCUCAGCAAGGGCAUGGAGGCUUCGAAGAAAGGAAAGAAUGCCACCAGAUCUUAUGCGGUGGGAAUUCUACUCGAGAAUUACUAUGCCAUGGCAAGAAGGGGGGUUUGGAUCUCGGCAGGAAUUAGAGCCAUAACAACCAUACUGUUUGGAUUAUACAUUGUCAGGAGAUAUCGUCAGCGAGUUGGGCGGUGA